AACAGUUUGGUGUGCGUGUUGCUCAACGUCUGGACGCUUUCCUCGUCCUUAUAAAAGUCAGCAAACAUGACCUUUAUCAAGGACAACGUUAUCUAGUUGCAACUCCUCUGCCGCAUCAGCCGUAAACGCACCAUCAUGGCGAACACUGCUCAUCUCGUCAGACGUCAAAGUUCCCGCGAUUUGAACUCCCAGCGUUCUCUAGAUCGUUUGGAGUUGAAGGAAAUGCGGGGCCGUCUGGUCGUUAUAGAAAACGGUAAUACGGGCACCUAUGGCGCGACAAACAAUGCUUUCGAAGACAACAGUCCUAGUAAUAGGAUUAAAUCUACCUGCAGUAGCAAAAGAGGAUCACAGGAUGGGAAACCAAUUUUCAAACCCGAGUGUGUCGAGGAAGAGCGCGAAUCUUGGGAUAGUAAGCUGACGUUCCUUCUGGCGACGGUGGGAUAUGCCGUCGGUUUAGGGAACGUCUGGCGGUUUCCAUAUUUGGCGCAAAAGAAUGGCGGAGGUGCUUUCCUCAUCCCGUAUUUCGUCAUGUUAGCCAUCGAGGGAAUCCCUAUAUUUUAUCUGGAAUUGGCGAUAGGGCAAAGGCUGAGGAAGGGAGCCAUAGGAGUUUGGAAUCAAGUGUCUCCUUAUUUAUCUGGUAUCGGGAUAAGUAGCGCCGUGGUGUCCUUUAACGUCGCCUUGUAUUACAAUACUAUAAUCGCUUGGUGCCUGUUUUACUUUGUCCAGAGUUUCCAGUCUAAAUUGCCUUGGGCUGAGUGUCCCAACAAGUAUUUCCCUAACGGAUCGUAUACGCCCGAACCUGAAUGUGUGAUAAGCAGCCCGACACAAUACUUUUGGUACAGGACGACGCUGAUGAUUUCAGAGGACAUCAACACCCCAGACGUGUUCAACUGGAAAAUCGCCAUUGCCUUAGUGGUCGCGUGGAUUCUCGUUUACAUGUGUAUGAUUAAAGGGAUCGCUUCGUCCGGCAAGGUGGUCUAUGUAACCGCAACAUUUCCCUACAUCGUCCUGAUCAUAUUCUUUUUCCGAGGGAUAACUCUUAAAGGGGCGGGAGAUGGGAUUAGACACCUGUUUACUCCAUCGUGGCAUAUCAUACUAGAUCCCGUAGUGUGGCUAGAGGCUGGAACGCAGAUUUUUUUCUCAUUGGGACUUGCUUUCGGUGGCCUUAUCGCUUUCUCAUCUUACAACCCGGUGAACAACAACUGUUAUCGCGAUGCGGUUAUGGUUUCCCUCACCAACUGUUUCACGUCAAUGUUUGCCGGCAUCGUGGUGUUCUCCAUUAUUGGUUUCAAAGCCACGAUGACGUACGAGAGGUGCGUGGAGAUGCGAAACGUAACGUUGACCGAACUGCUGGGUCCGAAUUACGACCCCGAUAUUGUUUUUCCAUCGGAGGGGUCCCUAUUCAACUUGACCCUCGAGAACGGGACCAUAAAGAGUUUUACGAUGACUUCUUUACCGGUCUGCGAUUUGGAAAAGGAACUGGAUAAUUCUGCGUCCGGUACAGGACUGGCUUUCAUCAUUUUCACGGAAGCCAUCAAUCAAUUUCCUGGAGCCCAGUUUUGGUCGGUGUUGUUUUUCCUGAUGCUGUUCACACUCGGAAUCGACUCCCAGUUCGGUACUCUAGAAGGCGUGGUGACUUCCAUCGUGGACAUGAAGUUGUUCCCGAAUCUGCCCAAAGAAAUUCUUACCGGAGUGCUGUGUCUAGUGUGUUGCGGGAUCUCGAUGAGCUUCGCCCACGGUGCUGGAAGCUAUGUGUUUGUUUUGUUCGAUAAUUUCAGCGGGAAUUUUCCUCUGUUGAUAAUCGCAUUCUUCGAGUGUGUAGGAGUGUCUUACGUAUAUGGCCUUAAACGGUUUGCGGACGAUAUUGAAAUGAUGACCGGCACCCGGCCAGGUUUAUAUUGGUUAAUUUGUUGGAAAUACCUGUCGCCACUCGCCAUGAUAUCCAUUCUCGUGGCAAGUUUUGUGGAAAUAGCGGUUCAGGGAUCAGGUUACGAUGCGUGGGUGGCAUCCAAAGGGGAGACCCUAAAACAGCCGUGGCCCGUAUGGGGAAUUUUGCUUACAAUCGCCCUGAUAUUGGUGUCGGUUUUGUGGAUUCCUGGAGCCGCCAUAGCGAGGUUAUCUGGUAUCGCUCUUAUCGAUGACAACGAAAAAGCCUGGUUUCCAGCGAGCGAUUUGAAGGAUUUCCACGGAAUCAUGCCCCACGAAGUCAGUAAGGCUGAAACUCUGUUGUUUUGUAUUAGAGCCGACGGUUCUGAAGGGCUGUGCUGCCCGACAUAUCAUUCAUACGAUGACGUAGAAGAAGAGGAGUAAACUCCUAGGUAGCAGAACGUUGCACAUAUGUAUACAUGCCACUGAAAAAAGCAAUUACUUUUUCCGUCUACAUUGUUUCGCCCAUAGGUGUGGCAUUUUAUAAAGGUGUAACUAGGUGAUAGAUACAGGAGAGAUUAGGAGGUUGUGUAAAUAAAUGACUGCCCUAAAUGCAAAUGAAUAUUGUACAUAAUUCAUGAAAGUACAUUUUAUUAGGUAUAAUUAUGUUUCAGGCGCUGCUUAGAGGUAUCAAAAGGAUGAGGUAAUAACUUCCUCCUGAUCUUUCGAGUGCAGAGUGGACGUAAUUGGGGUAGUCUAUCGGUAAAAACCUGUUUCUAAACUAAGUAAAGCGUAUUUGCUUGAUUUUUUGAGAAGCAUUUAAUGGGAAAACCGCUUUUUCACUAUGCCCUUAAAAAAAAGCCCACGGAGCUCAUUUCAGUCAUGUUUGGAUGCUGGAUAUAAAAAAAAUCACCUUUAUUGUUCUGUGUUUAUUGUCUUUAUAUCUUUUUUAAAUUUUACUUUACUUAACUUUCACGGUGAUUAAGUUUAUUCUUGAAGUUUUUGUGUGAUAUCUUUAACUUAAUUUAAUCUUAUAGAUAAAUGUAAAAUGUAUAAGGGAAGGCCUUAUAUGUCCGCCAUUUUUCAUACGUCGGUUUAUUUGUAUUUAGUUUAAAAAUAGAUAAAAACCACCAAUUACGAACACCCUGAACAUAUUUAAAGUAAAUAAAUUGACGACAAUAAUAAAAAGACAAUAUCGAUAAUUUCGUCUUCACUGUACACUUAUGGAGUGUUAUAGUAAUAACAAAAUUAUUUUUUAGAGAAUUAUUAAGUAUUUACCAUUUUUUUGAGUAAUGUUUAUCAAUCCAACAACGAAGUACACAAAUUCUCGUUGAGGAUUUUUACUAAUUUGCUAUUUUAAGAAGCAAAAUAUCAUCGUAAUUUGACAAUAAUCAUAACACCGGGUAGAGCUCAAUAUGAACUAUUUAAUUGGUCUAUUCUCUUUCCCCAAUUUUGUUAAGUAUUGUCCAAAAUUUGCGAGAAAAUAAAUCCAAAAUAUUUAAUAAUCGGUGCCAACCGCAAGCACAAUAUAAAACAACAUUUAAGCAACAAAAUAAAAGAAGCAAUACUCCAGAAAACAUCAAUUUCUUCUUAGAAACAAAAUUUUGUCUGAUCCUGUUACCACAAUUACGUCGUAAUAUUAGGGGAAGCUAAUGUUUGUGUUACUUGUGCUGGAGAUCUAUACUCUUAAUGUACGUUUCAUUUCAUGUUUAAUAAUAUAUUAACAUAAACAACGCUUUUAAACAAUAAUAGUAUGUAUUAAUUGAUUUUCAAUCAAAAUCUGUCGUUAAAACUACUACCCGACUUUGUUACUAACUUUAUAUCAGUAGAAACUACAUAUCUAUUGCACUUAUGACGCAACAAAUAACUGUGCAAAUUUUGCGCUGUUUAUUGACAUUUCUGUUGUUUUUAUAAUCUGUGAUGUGUAUUAACAGAGAAUGAUUCAUUGCUAUAGAUAUAUCGAUUUAAUUGUUGGAACGAUGUAAUUUGACACACUAGCUUCAGUAUAGAGAGACUUAUUAGUACUAUGAAUGCCACUCUUAACUAACGACAAUAAUAUUGUAUUUUAACGUAGUGUAUAAUAUGUGUGUUACGCAUCGAAUAUGUGAUAAAUAUCUGAGCACAAAUAAAAUCUCCUGUACAAAGAAUUAUUACAAAUAUCUUGUUAUUCCGGAUAACGUUUUACUUUUGUUCAAAACUAUUAUAGGAGUGUUCACUUUAAGUGCCUUUAAGUUAAAUUGACUACUCGAAAGAUAUUUUCAUGGGUUGUAGGAUCUUAUAUAUAUUAUUAUUUCUUCAAGGCUAGUUGUUUGUCAAUGAAAUUGUGAUUUCCAAAAACUUUUUUGAUAGUUCUUAAAGAAGAAAUAGUAUAUUUCGAAACGUUGGCAAAUUGAAAUCGGUUUUUUAUUGCCUGCAACCCACAAAAAUCUCUUUCGAUUAGACAAAAAGGAUAGUUGCGGAAUUGUUAAAAUUAUAAAACUCCCCUACUCCAGUAAAUUUAGAUUGGUCAAGCAUAGUUUUUGGUCCAUUUCCGUUACGUGAAUUAAUAUUUAAAUUCGAAUAUAAAAAAUCUGACCAUUUUGUUUGAAUUUUGACAAAAUUUUGGACUUUGCAUUUAUCGCGAACAUUCCUGUUCUUUGACAACUUUGGGACAAACAAUAAGAUAUAUAUUAGUUAUAGCAUCAAAUUAAAAAAAGGAAAUAUUUUGAUUGUUUAUAUUUCCCACAAUAUCAUAUUAUAUUUUUUACCACUGCCUAUUUAUGUUGUAUAUAUAUACAUUAUACUGUACAUGAAUUAUUUAAAUUUAAAACAUUUAUUUACCCAUUGUUACGGCUACGGUUAGCGUAGACUUAUAGUUCCAACACUUUCUAGUGUUAGCUAAUAAAUGGCAGAUUUUUAUCGAUAAUCCUUAAUCGACAAUAGUCAAUUAACAUAUACGUUAGAAAUAGUUUACUUCGUUCAGUCAGUGGAUGAAAUUGACAAUAAAUUUGACGUUGUUAAAACUGCUUCGGAAGGCAGAAGACGAUUAUCCUUUUUUUAAAUAUGUCCGCUCCAAAUCGUUUUUAGGAAACCAUAAACAACUUUCGGUGCCACUGAUGUCUGAAAUAAAAGCGCGAAUGGAAUCCAAGUUCGCUGUCGAAAAUACGAUUCUGUUGAGUUGUCGAAGAUUGCUGAGAGACACGUCUUCCGAAGGAGUAAGGUUUAAAUAAUAAUUGUGAUAUAAAGUAUAGUAUUUCACCCUUGAGAAUUACUUUAAAAAGAGAAGUGUCUUUUUCUUGGUUUGAAAAAAAAAUCUAUGCUGCUGCUCCGGAAAUUACGAAAGCUUUUAUUUACGCAGUUAAUGUCACGGCGUUCCUUGUUUUGUUGUAACUGUAAAUGUCUGUUAAAUAAAUA